AACCACAUUUUAAGUACAUGAACUGAGUUUUUCAGAACAUUGUCAGUUAUUCAUUUAUUGCUAUAAAAAAUGUGGUAAAGGAGAGGGUUUGAUAUAGAUGAGAGAGAGAGAGAGAGAGAGAGAGAGAGAGCUAGAAGAGAAUGGAAGAUGCUAAGGUUCAAGGGAUGAGAAACAUGUCUCCUGAGGAAGAGGACUUGAUUCACCGGCUUUAUCGUCUUUUAGGAGCCAGAUGGGAAUUGAUAGCUGGAAGGCUUCUGAACCGAACUUCUGAAGAAGUAGAGAAGUAUUGGAAGAUGAAGGAGAUUGAGAUCCUAGAGAAAAAUAGAAUUUAUAAACCAAUUUGCACCAGACUUAGUCCAUCUUUCAAGUUCUCAAUGGACAAUUAAAAACAUAUAUAAGCUAUUAUAUACUAUGUUUACUUCUUGUGAACUACUUAUUUUCAUCAUCUCGUAAUUUCAUGUAUGGUUUGUAAUUUA